UUAUUCACCAAACUUUCAUUUUGAGGUUAUGUCGUAAGAUUUAUUAUUUUUAUAUUUUCCAUAAAGAAAACAUCUAAUGGUUAUUUUCAAACGUAAUUACGCGAUUUAUUUCUCACGUGUAGCUAUUAACAAUAGCAGUUAUUGGAACUUUCUGUACUAAUUAACUAAAAUAUAUGUUGAAGUUGAAGUGCUAUUAACCAUGACUGCUCCUAUGGAACGAAUACAAGUAUUAGACUCGAUUGAGAAAGAUAUAAUAACAUGUCUUCAUACUGCAGGGCAAGCAUUUGUGGAACUUAGUAAAGAAAAGUCCAGUUUAAAACAGGCCGAAAACCAUACACAGACGUUUCUUAAAACAUUAGGCGUUGUAGAGACUAAACUUACUGAUCAGAUUAACUAUUUGACCCAAGUGUCUACGGGUCAACCACACGAAGGCUCUGGCUACGCUUCCCAGAAAGUUUUACAAAUGGCAUGGCAUAGAUUGGAGCAUGCCAGAUCCCGAGUAAACGAAUUAGACAGGCUUAAAGUGAAACAUUUACAGGGCAGAACAUCACGUAAUCAACAAGCCAUUACUAAUGGUAUCGCGACAGGCCCAAGCAGCGCACCUACAGCGGGAAUGCCAUCUUCCUCGUAGAGUAGACAAAUUACACAAUAGAUUUUUAUUUAUAAAAUUUGAUGCAAAGUACAUAACAGGUAAAAUUAAAAGAUUUAUCAUA